UGGGAAGUGACCAAUGACAACAGCCUCAGGCACCAUCACCAGUGCUACAGGUGCCGCGCCCGCCGGGCUCUCCACUGCCUGGAAAGUUGCAUUCUGUGAGGGGAGUCGGAGAGCUCUCCAAGGCGGGACCCGGGAGGAGGGAAACCCCGCCCGUCUCUCCCCACCCUCCGCUUCUUGUUGAUCCUAGGAAAGAGUGUUCUGUAACUCAACGUGUCCGGAAAGGUGUGCGCUCAGCCAGCUCCAGGGAUCGGGCAUCUGAAAGCGAAAGGGGAAGUGCACGCUGCCACAGGCGGACAGCCGGGAUGUUGGAUCCGUCUUCCAGCGAGGAAGAGUCGGACGAGUUGCUGGAAGAGGAGCGGCGGGAUGUGCUGGUCGUAUCUGGCGGCGGGGUCUCCUCUUCUAACCGGCCUCUGCAUGCACCUGCUCGGGAUCCCAGAGACACUGCUGUCCGCUCCACCCUACCGAGACCCGCCAGCCCCAGCCCGUCUGUCAGCAGUGAGGGGAGAGAGGAGCAGGAACGGGCGCAGCGGGAGGAGAGGGAGCGGAAGAACCGGCUGCAGCUCUACGUCUUCGUUAUGAGGUGCAUCGCCUACCCGUUCAACGCCAAGCAGCCCACCGACAUGACCCGGAGGCAGCAAAAGCUCAAUAAACAACAGUUACAGACAAUUAAGGAGAGAUUCCAGGCAUUCCUUAAAGGCGAAACCCAAAUUAUGGCUGAUGAAGCUUUUAUCAAUGCAGUCAGGAGUUAUUAUGAGGUUUUCUUGAAGAGUGAACUAGUUGCCAGAAUGGUACACAAUGGAGGGUGCUCUUCCAAUGACUUCAGGGAAGUUUUUAAAAAGAACAUUGAAAAAAGAGUACGAAGCUUGCCAGAAAUUGCUGGAUUAAGCAAAGAAACUGUUUUAAGUUCUUGGAUUGCUAAAUAUGAUGCUAUUUACAGAGGUGAAGAGGAUCUUCGCAAACCGCCAAACAGGAUGGCACUUAGUGCAGUGUCUGAACUCAUACUUAGUAAAGAACAACUAUAUGAAAUGUUUCAACAGAUUUUGGGAAUUAAGAAAUUAGAACAUCAGUUAUUAUACAAUGCUUGCCAGCUGGAUAAUGCAGAUGAGCAGGCAGCCCAGAUACGACGAGAACUUGAUGGCCGCCUACAAGUGGCAGAACAAAUAGCAAAGGAAAGGAAAUUUCCAAAGUUUUUAACUAAAGAAAUGGAGGGUAUAUUCAUAGAGGAGCUACGAGCUUCCGUUAAUUUAUUGAUGGCAAACCUAGAAAGUCUUCCAGUGUCUAAAUGUGGGCCGGAGUUUAAACUGCAGAAGUUAAAACGUUCCCAGAAUUCUGCAUUCCUGGACAUUGGAGAUGAAAGUGACGUUCAGCUAUCAAAAGCUGACGUUGUACUGUCAUUUACUUUAGAGAUUGUUAUCUCAGAGGUCCAAGGAUUGAAAUCUGUUGCAUCAAACAGAAUUGUUUAUUGUACUAUGGAAGUAGAGGGAGGUGAAAAACUCCAGACAGAUCAAGCUGAAGCUUCAAGACCUCAAUGGGGAACGCAGGGAGAUUUUACAACUACUCAUCCUCGACCAAUUGUUAAAGUAAAGCUCUUUACAGAAAGUACUGGCGUUUUGGCACUUGAAGAUAAAGAACUUGGAAAAGUGAUACUUAGACCAACGCCCAAUAAUUCUAAAUUGCCAGAGCUACAUAAAAUGUCUGUUCCUAAAAACAGUCAAGACACUGAUUUGAAGAUCAAACUGGCAGUGAGGAUGGACAAACCACCACAUAUGAAGCAUAGCGGAUACUUAUAUGCUGUGGGACAGAAGGUUUGGAAACGAUGGAAGAAACGUUACUUUGUCCUAGUUCAGGUGAGCCAAUACACAUUUGCUAUGUGUAGUUACAGAGAAAAGAAAGCUGAACCCCAAGAACUAAUGCAACUUGAAGGUUACACAGUGGAUUACACUGAUCCUCAGUCAGGUCUCCAGGGUGGCCGGUGGUUCUUCAAUGCAGUGAAAGAAGGUGACACUGUCAUUUUUGCCAGUGACGAUGAACAAGACAGAGUACUAUGGGUACAGGCAAUGUACAGAGCAACAGGACAAUCGUAUAAACCUAUUACUUCAAACCAUGCACAGAAAUCAAAUCCGAGAGGAACAAAUGUUCACAUGGAGGCAUCUCAGCCAAGCACAGAUCGUGGGCAAAGACAUGGGAUGGAUGAAUUUAUAUCUGCUAAUCCCUGCAGCUUUGAUCAUACGUCCCUCUUUAAAGUGCUCCAGCAGCAGACAUUGGAUCACCGAUUAAAUGAUUCCUAUUCUUGUCUGGGCUGGUUCAGUCCUGGUCAAGUAUUUGUACUAGAUGAAUAUUGUGCUCGGUACGGAGUACGUGGCUGUCAUCGACACCUUUGCUACCUGAAAGAAUUGAUUGAGCAUGCUGAGGCAGGGUCUGUGAUCGACCCCACACUGCUUCAUUACAGCUUUGCUUUCUGUGCAUCUCAUGUUCAUGGAAAUAGGCCUGAUGGAAUUGGAACUGUUACAAUGGACGAGAGAGAUUGUUUUGAAGAGAUAAAAGAGCGAUUGACAUUGCUUUUAGAAAAUCAGAUAAGUCACUUUAGGUACUGUUUUCCAUUUGGAAGACCAGAAGGAGCAUUAAAAGCUACACUAUCUUUGCUGGAACGGGUAUUGAUGAAGGAUAUUGGGACUCCUAUACCUGCUGAAGAAGUGAAGAAAGUUAUAAGACGGUGCCUUGAGAAAGCUGCUUUGAUAAAUUAUACCAGACUUACAGAAUAUGCCAAAAUUGAAGCAGCUGACAAGGAAUCAGAGUCUAUGAAUCAAGAAGAUCCUUCAAAAAAAUUACAAGAUGUUCUUCACCUUGCCGAACUGUGUAUUGAAGUGCUACAGCAAAAUGAGGAGCAUCACUCUGAGGCCUUUUCCUGGUGGCCGGACCUGACCGCGGAACAUGCUGAAAUAUUUUGGGCCCUCUUUUCUGUUGAUAUGAACUCUGCACUACAGACACAGCCAGAAGAUUCCUGGGACAGCUUUCCCCUUUUCCAGCUGCUUAAUAACUUCCUCAGGACUGACCCUCUGCUAUGCAAUGGAACAUUUCACAAACAUCUACAGGAGUGUUUUGUGCCACUGGUCAUCCGUUAUAUUGACCUCAUGGAGUCUUCAGUUGCACAGUCUAUUCAUAAAGGUUUUGAACAAGAAACAUGGCAGCCAGUCAAAACCAUCACCAACAGUCUUCCUAGUGUACCUCUUCCAAAAGUUCCAAGCUUGACUCUUAACCUUCCACAGAUACCUAGUUUCUCAGCACCUUCCUGGAUGACCUCGUUAUGCGAGUCCACCAAUGGUUCUUCAGUGUCAGAAGAUUUGUUCUGGAAGCUGGAUGCUCUGCAAGAGUUUAUUAAUGAUCUACAUUGGCCAGAAACAGAAUUUGCAAAUCAUUUGGAACAGCGACUUAAACUUAUGGCAAGUGAUAUGAUAGAAGCCUGUGUUAAAAGGACACGAACUGCGUUUGAACUCAAGUUACAAAGGACAUGUAAAUCUACAGACUUGCGUAUUCCAGCCUCAGUAUGUACAAUGUUUAACGUUUUGGUGGAUGCCAAAAAGCAGUGUUCUAAACUCUGUGUGCUCAAUGGUGGACAAGAUUCUUCCAAGCAGUGGCAACAGUACCAUUCCAAAAUAGAUGAUUUAAUUGAGGAAACCGUUACAGAAAUUAUAUCACUCCUGGUUUCUAAGUUUGUUUCAGUGCUAGAAGGGGUUCUGUCAAAGUUGGCAAGAUAUGAUGAAGGAACAUUUUUUUCAUCUAUACUUUCUUUCACUGUGAAAGCUGCUUCAAAGUAUGUGGAAGUACCAAAACCCGGACUGGACCUGGCAGAUACCUACAUUACAUUUGUCCGACAAAAUCAGGAUGUUUUACGAGACAAAGUGAAUGAGGAAAUGUACAUAGAAAAGUUGUUCGAUCAAUGGUAUAGCAACUCUGUAAAAGUCAUAUGUGUGUGGCUGGCUGACAGAUUAGACCUUCAGCUGCAUGUUUAUCAGUUAAAAACAAUUAUCAAGAUUGUGAAGAAAACCUACAGAGACUUCAGGCUGCAGGGAGUGCUGGAUGGUACCUUAAAUAAUAAGACAUAUGAGACAAUUCACAACCGUUUAACGAUGGAAGAGGCGACAGUCGCUGUGUCUGAUAGGGGAGGUCUCCAGGGGAUUUCUAUGAAGGACAGCGAUGAUGAAGAAGAGUGACAGUUCAAUAUUUACAUGUUUCAUCCUGGUCCAUUUACUUUACUUGUCCUGUGUAUAGGUAUUUGGCUAGGGAUCCAAUAGUUUGCUCAUUAAGAAGCCUGUUUAUACAUAUAUUCCAUUUCAAAUGAUAACUUAUCGGCCAAGGAAUUACUCAAAUAAUAUUAGUUAAAUAUAUGAAAGCAUACAAUGGGUCUUGUUAUGAAGCAGGGUUUGUGCCAUACAGAUUAUUUUCUUUUAUAUGCCUUUCAUAGACAAUGUGCCUCUUGAAACAUUAAUAUGCUAUUAGCCUAUUAUACCUACAUUGGAGUGUCCAUUACUGCAUUGCCCUGCAUUAAGUUUCCGCCAUUCUUGGGGGUGAGUAGAGACAAGUUUGUAUCCUUGCUCUUUCCUCUACAAGUACCUCGUUCUUCUUUUCAGAUCGUGUAAAACAUUUCAUUAGUGUUUUUACUGUCUUUGUAAGACCUGCAUAGAUAUUGAUGGAAAUAAGCACAUACGGUUUCAUGUACCUAUUGGUUCUAAUCAGUUUGUUGUUUUAAAAUGUUUAAUAAAGUUUGAUAAGAUGUU